AUGGCUGAGGGGGGCGAGCUGAUGGACAGGCUGCUGAGUGAGAACGCCGACCUGAAGAGGCAGGUGCGGCUGCUGAAGGAGAACCAGAUGCUGAAGCGCCUGCUGAGCGAGAGCUGCCCCGACAGUGGCCGUGGGGCCCGCGACGCCCUGUUGGCCAAGGCACCCACCUACCCCGAGGGCUGCUCCCCGGGCACCGCAGUUCCAGAGCUGGGAAGGUUCGCCAGCACCCCGGACGUGCCCCUCCAGCUGCAGACGUCCUCCUUGGAGGACCUGCUGUGCUUGCACGCCCCCCACUCCAGCAAUGCCGCCUCCCCUGGCUGUGCAACCUCUUCCCAGGCAUCCUUCAAGGCUUUCCUCAGCCCUGUGGAGCCACGGGGGCCCCGGAGCGCUGACCGGAAGCUGUCCCCGCUGCUGACCUCUCUGCAGGACCCGCUGGUGGACAAGGGCCUGCUGGAGCCCAGGGAGAUGGCCCAGUCCAAGAAGGUGUGCUUCUCGGAGAGCAGCCUGCCCUUGGGGGACAGGACCAGGAGGACUUACUACCUGAACGAGAUCCAGAGCGUCACCAGCGCAGAGAAGGACGGGCGCGUCGUCGGGGAGAUCGCCUUCCAGCUGGACCGGCGCAUCCUGGCCUACGUCUUCCCCGGGGUGACCCGGCUGUACGGCUUCACCGUGUCCAACAUCCCCGAGAAGAUCAAGCAGACGUCCAUCAAGUCCCUGGACGGCUCGGUGGACGAGAAGAAGCUGCGCGAGCUGACGCACCGCCACGUGGCGCUGACGGCGCGCCUGGAGAGGCUGGGGUACAGCCGCGACGUGCACCCCGCGUUCAGCGAGUUCCUCAUCAACACCUACGGCAUCCUCAAGCAGCGGCCCGACCUGCGCGCCAGCCCGCUGCACGGCAGCCCGGCCGCCCUGCGCAAGCUGGUCAUCGACGUGGUGCCCCCCAAGUUCCUGGGCGACUCGCUGCUGCUGCUGAACUGCCUGUGCGAGCUCUCCAAGGAGGACGGCAAGCCGCUCUUCGCCUGGUGAGCC